ACACACACAGUUACACACACACAGUUACACACACACACGCUGUGUGACCGACAGAGACUCCAACACACAGGCGGCCAGGUACGUGUCGGGAUCUUGUCUGGUGGAUGCGCGGCUUGUGGACAAGGGAGGCAUGUAAACACCACAACUUUUUAUUCUGGUGACAUCCGAUCUUCUACCUAAGGUGUAUCAUGGAUUUAUUGCUGAAUAACUAAGGAAGACUUUGGUACCCAAAGAAGAUUCCAGGAAACUACUGGCUAGAACUCAGUGAGAGACUGAGGGAGAACAAGGCAAUGGCAAACAGCAGCAAGGAGCGCCUCUGUGGGGCUGGGGCUCCUCUGGGACAUGCCAAUGGAUUUCCUCCCAGUGUCUAUCCUUUUGCCUUCAGCGGAGGAAUACGAAGAUCUCCACCAUUUGAAGUACUUGCUAAUGGCGGCUUCUUCCGAAGCUUCCCCACUGACCUGCCCAAGGAGAUGGCAUCUCUGUCUUUAACCAUGGGUGCAGCAAGGAGGAGUGCACACAGUGAUUGUAUCUCAACUGUAGAAACACAAAGUACCAGCUCGGAGGAAAUGGUGCCCAGUUCACCGUCGCCGCCACCACCUCCACGUGUUUACAAGCCCUGCUUCGUCUGCAACGACAAGUCUUCAGGUUAUCACUACGGUGUCAGCUCAUGUGAGGGCUGCAAGGGCUUUUUCCGGCGCAGUAUACAGAAAAAUAUGGUAUAUACAUGUCACCGUGACAAGAACUGCCAAAUCAACAAGGUGACACGGAACCGCUGCCAGUUUUGCAGACUGCAGAAAUGCUUCCAGGUCGGAAUGUCUAAAGAGGCGGUGAGAAAUGACAGGAACAAGAAGAAGAAGGAGAUAAAAGAGGAAGUGGUGGUACCAGAUAGCUAUGAGAUGCCCCCAGAAAUGGAAGAACUUAUUCAGAAAGUCAGUAAAGCACAUCAAGAAACCUUUCCUUCUCUCUGCCAGCUAGGCAAAUACACCACGAACUCCAGUGCUGAUCACAGAGUGCAGCUGGACUUGGGCUUGUGGGAUAAAUUCAGUGAACUGUCCACCAAGUGCAUCAUCAAGAUCGUGGAGUUUGCCAAACGUUUGCCUGGAUUCACCACAUUGACCAUCGCUGACCAAAUCACCUUAUUGAAAGCUGCCUGCCUUGAUAUCCUGAUGCUCCGGAUUUGCACACGCUACACUCCAGACCAAGACACCAUGACCUUCUCUGAUGGCCUUACUCUAAACCGCACCCAGAUGCACAAUGCUGGUUUUGGGCCUCUUACAGACCUACUCUUCUCAUUCGCAGACCAGCUACUGCCAUUAGAAAUGGAUGAUACAGAGACCGGACUUCUGAGCGCCAUAUGUUUAAUUUGUGGAGAUCGGAUGGAUUUAGAGGAGCCAGAAAAAGUGGAGAAGCUACAAGAACCACUUCUGGAGGCCCUGAAAUUUUAUGCUCGCCGGCGAAGGCCUGACAAACCCUACAUGUUUCCUCGUAUGCUUAUGAAAAUCACUGACCUACGUGGGAUCAGUACAAAAGGUGCUGAGCGAGCAAUCACAUUGAAGAUGGAGAUACCAGGACCAAUGCCUCCGCUGAUUCGUGAGAUGCUGGAGAAUCCUGAAGCUUUUGAAGAUGGCGCUGACACCCCUAAACCCAGCGAGCGCCCCUCCAGUGAGAGCAGUGAUGCAAGUCCCACAGAAGAUGAUAGCAGUGGCUCUAAGACCCCUUAGUUGUCCUUUAAAUACUGAGGGGAAGUUAUCCCAAAGCCUAAACACUUUGUAUGAGCCACGUCAGUUCUACCCAUUGUAUGAGGCAUUCUGGGGUGCCUCAAAUCAGCAGGGUUCUACAUAUUAUUCUAAUGGCUCAAUACUGCUCUUAUGUACUGAGGCAAAAAGCCUUCCUCUUUGAGAGGUUGACUGGAAUAGACUGUGUUGUAACAUCUUUAUCCCAGGAACCUGGAGAUCCGUAUGCCUUCCUUUGCCUUGUCAGGCAGCUGAAAUAUCUAAAGACUUAUUACAGACAGUACAAGCACAGAAGUCCCUGAUGACAAGGGAACUUGGAUAUUUCUAAAGAGUCUUCUCCAUCCUCAGCAUUUUGCCAAAGAUUAUGAUGAACUUUGACCCUCUAAAAAGAGAGAAAAAAAGGUCUUGCAGCUGAAUGGCACAAGCAUCUCAAGUACAAUAAUACCAGCAGCAAAGAGAUGGCCUUUAUCUCUGGAAGGGUCUGAAGCACAUUGCUCUGUGUGUGUGUACAUAUGCAUAUACAUAUUAAUAUACAAGCACACACAUUUACAUAUAAAUAUAUACACACAUGUAUGUAUGUGCGUUAUUAAAUAUAUUUGCUAUUGCAUUGUUUUUAUGCUUUUUUUCCCCCAUUGGCUGAAACGAGGUCAUGUGACUAUAAAUAAAGCCUGUUAAUCAUUUGCAAUGA